CACGUGAAGUGUAAGCAAAGAAUGAAUACGUAUUCUUUGGUGUAAGUUUUGUGUUUUUUUGAUUGAGUAGAGAAUUUGUUGUUCAUUUGGAGGUUCGUUUGAGUUCGAAAGAGAAUUUCUUCGAGAAGUUGUAAAGCAAUGAAUGUCUGGUUUGUCUUAUUCGCCCCUGCAGUUUUAGCAGUGCAACAAAUUUGUCCUGGUGGUUCAUAUUCAUGUCCAGACUUAUCUACAUGUUGUCAACUUAUUGAUAAGAGUUAUGGCUGUUGUCCAUUGGCAAAUGCUGUAUGUUGUGAUGACCAUAUUCACUGCUGCCCAAAAGGUACAAAAUGUUCUACGGGAUUGUGCAUCCAGAGUUUAUUUCAAAAUAUAACUGCUGAAAAAUAUAUGACAGACAACAGUAUAAUUCAUCCGAAAAAGACAUUUGUUUGCCCUGAUGACACUACUUGCUGUAAAGGAACUGGUUCAGAUAACUUUGGCUACUGUCCUGUAAAAGAUGGAAUUUGCUGUAAUGAUGGUAAACAUUGCUGCCCACAAGACACAGUUUGUGAUCUUUCUCAGCGAAUGUGUAUUGGUAAAGGCUAUGUAUCCAAAAUGUACGAUUCAGAUAAAAAUCAUAUAAAGCCUCAAAUAUCCACUGCUGCAACUAUGAAAACAUUAAAAGUAUCCAAUAUAAUUUGCCCUGGAUCAACGUUCCAAUGUCCUAAUGGUUAUACAUGUUGCAAGUUGCCUUCUGGAAAUUGGGGUUGUUGUCCAUUUGUAAAAGCUACAUGUUGUAAAGACCACUUGCACUGCUGUCCAGAAAAUAUGCAAUGCUCUCCUACAUCUGAUUACUGCACUCAAGGACAAAAUAAUGUAACAGCGUUUCUAAACAAGCCUGCAGUUGAAAUAGAGAAAGUAAACACUUUAUGCCCUGAUAAAUCUGAAUGCCAGGAAGGUAUGACAUGUUGUAAGUUGGAUGAUAUACACUUUGGUUGUUGCCAGUAUGAAAAUGCAACUUGUUGUGCUGAUAAAAAACAUUGUUGUCCUAGCAAUUUUAACUGUGACAUUUUAGAAGAGCGUUGUGUACCAAAACAAAAAGAAAACUGGAUGCUAAAGUUUAUGUCUAAAUAUUUGGGUAAAUUUUGAUUUUCAACAAUUACUUCAUUUUGUUUUUGCUUGUGUGAUUAUUUGUAGAAUGAUAUAAAAGUUUGACGUUUGUGGAUUAAAACUGUGUUCAUUUAUUGUUUUAUUUGUUAAA